AUGCCUUACCCGGCGUCUUCGGCACUUCAGAGGCGCUUUGCAGCCGUCCGGGCGCCCCCCAACACCCCUAUCGGAAGGUUGACAUUGAAUGGGACUGACAUCUCUAACCUUAUGAUUGGUCAGAAAAGUAGACGCACAAGCACAAUAAGAGCGGCACGCUCCUGUCAGCGAUUGACGAUGGAACAGUAUGAGCCUUCAAGCCCGGCCUACUCUUGCCAAGGAGCAUCCAAGGAAGGGACGACCAAGCGACCGGCAAACAAGAAGCGUCGGCGCAACAACGUGAGGGAUCCACAGCUCCACGACACAGCUACCUCCAACGGCGGGCCCAGUCUUGAAGAGAUGCAGGUCAAUGAAACCCAAGCUAGGGAAGUGCUCAAAGCACGGCCCGAACUCUUGGAAGCGAUGCCACAGGAUGACCAGGGUGGAGGGGAGAUUGACAGCGCCCCUGAUGCGGCAAAAAGUGCCUCUGUAGAAGAAGGACCCUGCUCGCUUAAGCUUUGGCCUGAUGCAAGCGCGCACACUGCAUAUCAUCAUAUGGACGAGGCAGAGGGCAGCGCUGCCGAUGGUGUGCAGCCGAUGCUGACCCCCGUGAGGAUCAAAGUGACAGGCAGUUCUAAGGAGAAAGGGGGUGGGUCGCCUGGUGCAAGCGCGCACAUGGAAGGUCGCGUGCACGCUGUGGAAGGUGGCGCCGCCGAUGGUGCACAAACAAGCGGGGUGGCAUGCGUUUCUGCAAAAGAAGGGGGUGAUUUGCCUGGUGCAAAUGCGUGCAUGGAAGAGAAUGCCGGAGCUAGCGAUGCGGAGUCGCAAGCGGACUCGUCCUGCAACCCGGGGGCCGGGGGGAGCUCCGAGCCGGCGUCUCCUUUCGAGGAACCGGACCUGGCGGACCCCGAGCUUCGGUCGGAGGUGGUGCGCGAGCUCGAGAAGCUGCUGUCGACCUGGGGCGACAACACCUCGAUCUUCUGCGCCGCCAAGCCGUCCUCCACGGGCCCUGGGGCCGUCUACGAAUUCUGGAUCGCGCCUGGCGGCCGCGUGACGUGCCCCUACUUUCCGGCAUCUCGCGCGAGGGUGCACGACAGCACCAACUUCGGGCUUCUGCGGCGGGGGUUCGAGGUGACGUACAUCUGCCACGGAGAGAGCUGCAAGGCCACCCCGCGGUCGGGCAACUUUCGCCUGGGCGUCCUCAUUCUGCCAAUUGCCGCGGCCUUUGGCGACAGCCAGCCCUUGAACAGUGAGAGGGACCACCUGUACUCCGACCGGCAGCUGCUGCCGCUGCCCUUCCUUCGAGAGAAUCUGAACGUCAAGAAAGGAGACGUUGGUGGCGCCAUCAUCCUGGAGCGCCUCUACGUGCGGACGGGCCUGAAGUUUGCCUUCACCUCCUCGGGCUCGUUCUAUUGGUCCGGUCGCUGCUGGGCCAAGGACGAGAGCGGCGGCCGGAUCCUGCGGGUGCUCCGCGAGGAGCUCUCCAAGAUCGAGGCCGCGUACAUGCAAGAAGCAGAACAGGGGGAGGGAGAAGGGCGUUCGAUCGUCAUGGCCGACGGACCGGCAGGCGAUGAAGACAGCGGGUUGGGCGCGAAGGGAGGCCCUCCAAUCAGGUCGAAGCCGGCGGGUGGCGGGAAGCAGUCCAAGCCGGAGAAGGAGGAGAGGCUGAUCAACAUCAAUUUCAAUGCAAAGAUGUCCAAUAUCCUGGGCACGUGCAAGGAAUACUUCUAUCAGCCCGGCUUCCAGUCCCUCCUGGACGUGCAGAAGGACUUUCUGGCUGUGGCGAACGGCGUCAUCGACUUGCGGACUGGCGAGCUGCUCCCGCAUUACCCCCGAUUCAUGAACAGCCGGGUGAUCGACUGGCCGUACCCUUGCGCUGGGUUGUCAUUUCCGAGGGGCGACAUGGUACGGUUCUUGGAGGACAUCAUGCACGCCUCCGGAGAGGAUGGGCCGGCCGCUCUGGAGCACCUCCAGGUACUGCUGGGGUACGGGCUGACUGGUCAUACAAGCAAUCAGGUACUGCCGAUCUUUGUUGGCGAGGGGAGUGCAGGCAAGAGCGUUUUCCUCGCCCUGCUGCGCAAGCUCCUCGGCGCCGCCUUCAAGAAUGUCGGCAAGGAGAUUCUGGUGAACUCAAAGGGGCAGCGAGCCGCCCACAAGGGGGCCGCUUCGCCGCUCGAAGCGGGGCUUGCUGGAGCGCUACUAGCGGUGGUCGAAGAGACCGACAGAUCCGAUACGCUUAACGAGGCCGCUAUGAAAAAGCUCACCGGCAGCGAUGUCAUCACCGCUCGGCCUUUGUUUCGGGACUAUGUUACCUUCACCGCAACCGUUCUGCUCAUCAUCUGCACGAACUACCUCCCGAGGACGGACAAGACCUGGUCCGUUGCCCUCCGGCGCCGCCUCCAGCUGGUUUGCUUCGUGCGGCGCUACUUCUCGCCCCACGAGAAGGGGUACGAUCCGGCCAACCCGUUGCACGGGCUGGUGGACACGCGACUCCUCACCAAGCUGAGCACCUUGCAGAACAUGCAGGAGUUGCUCGCAUGGCUGGUUGCAGGAGCGGUGAAGUGGUACCAGAACGGACAGCAGCUGUACCCCAUGCCGAAGCGGAGCAUGGACGCCCUGCAGGACUACGAAGAGGCGGCGGACGAUUUCGACAACUUCGUCCUCAACAGCUGCGUCAAGGGCGAUGACCUCUUCAUCUCGACGAGCGAUGCCCUCAAGGUGUACAACGACCCGCAGAGGAUGGUGGGCGGCAAGUGCGUCGGCCAUAUUCCCUCGCUUGACACCAAGUCGCUGAAGUCGGCAAUGAACAACCACGGCUUCUCGGGUCCGGACAAGCCCAGCAAACUUGGCCUUGGUGUAAAGUAUUGCGGCGUAACGGAGCGAGGAUAUAAGGGUCUUGCGCUGAAAGCCCUAGAGGUUAAGACGGAACAGGAGGAGAGGAACCAUUGA